UAAUAAUUCAUCAUCGUGUAGAAUAAUCAUCAGCAUCAUUUCUGUGCCUGUGGAACAUUGCACUAUUCAAAAUACAAGUGUUUCAUAGAUAUGGUGCUUUUGACAUAGUUCACUAACCAUCAAGACUGAAAUGAUUCAUGCACACAGGAUUCCAGUAUGUUACCUGUGGGUCCUCUCUAAAGUUGUUGAACACCUACCACAAUGUAAGACUUCACUCCCAUGAUGUCAAGUAUGGAUUAGGAAGUGGACAACAGUCUGUAACGGCUGUAGAGUCUUCUGAUGACCAUAACAGCUACUGGCAAGUAAGAGCUAAAACUGGGACACAUUGUGUACGAGGUCAGCCUAUAAAAAGCGGUCAGACUAUACGACUGAUGCACCUGCAGACCCGCAGGAAUCUCCACAGCCACCACUUCCAGUCUCCUCUCUCUCAUAACCUGGAGGUCAGCCCCUUUGGGGAGGACGGGGAGGGCGAUGAAGUUAUCUCCACGUGGCUGGUGAAACGUUUGGUCGCCCGAUCGCAGGUCAGCGUGAAGUGUCCGCCUAUUCAUCACCCAGUGAUCUUAACUACUGGCAGGCAAUGGAGGGGAUCUACGUGAAACCCUCGGAGGACCCUGUUGGCACGUAUAGGGCCGAUAGACCACAUGUCGCACAGGCGCACACUGAACUGUGAUGUAGUAGCUAACUUAAAUGUAACGCAUUCUUAUUGGGCCAUUUCACAGUUUCCUGAGCUGUGAUCUGGUAGAGAAAUUAGUUGGUAGGCAUACAAUUUGGGCGGUUUCACAGUUUUGUGGCUUUUGACAUUGUCUUUUUACAACAAUGUGUCGUAUAACAGAAAUGGGAAGAAUCUUACUUAGUCAUAGUUGUAUGUCUUUAUGUUGUUUUGGCUGCAAAAAUAAAUAUUUUAGUAUUAAUGAUGUCUUUUGUAAACAUGAUUACUCUGGUAUGUCAACCAUUAAGCAAGUUUUUAUUGACAUUUACAUAGGUACUAAUACCUUUACAAGGUAUACAAAUUUUUAUUGGCAAAAAGUUAGGUUUGUAAAAUAAUUUUCUCCAUGUCAAAACUGUGAAAGUGCCCAACAUGUUAAUGCAUACUGUAUACUAAAAUUCUUGAAAUCUUAUGUUAUUCGUUUUGAUUAUGCUGUCUUGAGAAAUAGCGUUUCUUUUAUUUCUUGUAUAGCAUGCUGGAUACUAAAUGCAAAAAACGCUUUUGUUAAGUUUUGGCAAUGCUUUCUUUAGAAGGGCUGUUUUUGAUAUAGUUAUGUGACAUCUGUAUUAAAAUAUUUCAUUUUAAGGGUAACUGAUUUUUAUGCCCCCCUUCGAAGAAGAGGGGGUAUAUUGCUUUGCUCAUGUUGGUCGGUCCGUCGGUCCGUCCACCAGGUGGUUGUCAGAUGAUAACUCAAGAACGCUUGGGCCUAGAAUCAUUAAACUUCAUAGGUACAUUGAUCAUGACUCGCAGAUGACCCCUAUUGAUUUUGAGGUCACUAGGUCAAAGGUCAAGGUCACGGUGACCCGAAAUAGUAAAAUGGUUUUUGAAUGAUAACUCAAGAACGCAUAAGCCUAGGAUCAUGAAACUUCAUGGGUAGAUUGAUCAUGACUCACACACCCCUAUUGAUUUUGAGGUCACUAGGUCUAAGGUCAAGGUCACGGUGACCCAAAAUAGUAAAAUGGUUUCCAGAUGAUAACUCAAGAACGCAUAUGCAGAGCUCCAGAUAAGGUUUUGUGAAAUUCUUAAAUUACUACCAGAUUUUCAAAAAGAAUUCUUAACUCUGAAAUUUUAUUCUUAAUGUUACUACUAAGUUUUGGAAAAUAAUUCUUAUUUUUAUAAAUGACCUAAAAAUAAAUAAUAAUGGUUAUUUUCAUGCAAAAAAAAUCAAAAUAAACAUACUAGCAACUUUAUUUAUACGAGUUCAACAGUGUCUUUCAGUAUUUUACAAUUUUAUUUUUCAAAUACUUUCAUAUGCCCAAACUGUGCUUUGAUUGCAUGCCUUAGAUGAAUUUUUACAUAUUUCACAAACAAAACGGGUCUUCCCUUCAAUCUUUUCAACGAUUAGCCACGGGACUUGUCCCUUCCACUCGUUCAAUGUUUUUUUUGUGUUUAAAUUUGGACCCGUCGUGUCGUGUUUUUGUUUAGCUUUUCUGACUGUGUCGGAAACUGAACAUACAACAUCGUAUAUGAUCAUUUCUAUGUCUUUCUAAACAUUUAACUUCGUCUCACUUUGCGUACAAUAUGUUAAAAGCGUGUUUUUGGACGCUUUGCCGUUUUUUAGGACGCUCUCUGGGCGCCGCCAUUGUUUUUUGACAGAUAGACUGUAUACGCCGCUUUUAUUGGAAAAAAUGAGCUUUGUUAAACAAACCCGAUAACCAUUCUAUAUAAGCACCGCAAAGAUCUUUAAUACGCGAAAAGAACUCAAUAAAAAUCUAUACGAACCGAUGUAAAAAUAAUAUUCGUAGCUUGAUUUUGUAAUUCUUAAUGGUACGACAAGAUUUUAAAAUAAAUACGUAACGGACUUGAAAAUAAUUUGUAAUUACGAAAAUACGACCCUUAUCUGGAGCUCUGAUAUGCCUAGGAUCAUGAAACUUCAUGGGUAGAUUGAUCAUGACUCGCAGAUGACCCCUAUUGAUUUUGAGGUCACUAGGUCAAAGGUCACGGUGACCCGAAAUAGUAAAAUGGUUUUCGGAUGAUAACUCAAGAACGCAUAUGCCUAGGAUCAUGAAACUUCACAGGUAGAUUGAUCAUGACUGGCAGAUGACCCCUAUUGAUUUUGAGGUCACAAGGUCAAAGGUCAAGGUCACAGUGACCCGAAAUAGUAAAAUGAUUUUCGGAUGAUUACUCAAGAACACUUUUGCCUAGGAUCAUGACACUUCAUAGGUACAUUGAUCGUGACUUGCAGAUGACCCCUAUUGAUUUUCAGGUCACUAGGUCAAAGGUCAAGGUCACAGUGACAAAAAACGUAUUCACACAUUGGCUGCCACUACAACGGACAGCCUAUAUGGGGGGCAUGCAUGUUUUAGAAACAGCCCUUGUUCUGAAUGUGUGUGGUAGAGGAAUGACUUAAGAAUUAUUUCCUAUUGUUUUUGUUUAUCUGCAUCUGCUAUUAUUUAAUGAACACCAUACCAUUAGUUUUAUUGAUAGCUAAAUUUGCACAUCAACUGAGACUGUUUCAAGACAACAAAUCAUAAAUGUGGCUGUAAAAAUGACCGGUAAAUGCUGUUAUUGAAAACAUUGUCAUUGUUUUCUUUAAAGUUACAUAGAGUUCCUUAAAAGUAGUUUUUUGUGUUCGUCCGAGUUUCUUUCUCAUCGGAUGCUUAUAUGUUUAAUUCUUUUCGUACUAGUAUUUAUUAUGCUGUAUGGAUCAAACAUAUUCAUUAGACUUUAUUUCUAAAUGUCAUUCUGUAUUUUCUGUUCAUAUGAUGUUUGUAAUUUCCUGUAUGCGUCAUUCAAGUUACAUGACAGCAAAAUUUACAACAAAUGUAAUUGAAAAAGUGUAUAUUCAAAAAUGAAGUAUGUUUGGGUAUGUUCGUUUUUAAAUUUUGAGGUGAGGAAUGGGUGCACAUAUGACAUCAAGGGUGAUUUAGAGCUGAUAAUAGGUUCUCAGUGACUCAGAUUUGUAUCUAUACAAUUGUCUCAUGAAAUAUUGAAGUUAUUGGUAAAUCAUCUGUACAUCGAUUUUAAUGUGCUUCGUGAAGAAUCAUUAAGUGAAACAAUUACAUGGAACAGUAUUAUCAGUUAUUUAACAGCUUUUUGUACAAUUGGUACGGGUGGUGAACAUUACAAAAUUCUGUUUAAUAAUAUGUUUAUUCUGUGAGUAAUUUUCAUCUUGUACAUGAUAACAUCAAAAGAAGUAUGCAUUCACAUCAUCUGAUGACGUUUUGUGACAUUUGCUGUAAAACGUAAUUUUAUUGAAAUUAAAAAAACAUCUUCAUAGAAUGUCCAGAAAGUUAUUCACAACAUAUUUGUGUGUGAUUUUUGUUAUUGAACAAUAUUUUCACAUAUCUACAUGAUGUUUUGUUUCAAUAUCAUAUAGAUUCUAUAGAUUGUUCAUGAUGGAUAAGUAUGGAAUCAACCCGGAAAUGUUUGUUUAAACUCUUAUUGUCCAAUUAAGAAUAUAUUGGAUGCACCCGUUUCAAAGUGGUAAAAUAUUGCACAGUAAAGUGUACGAAUGGCAACAGUGGAUUGGAUGAUAUAAAUAUUAACAUUAUAAUGAAUGCUAUGUUCCAAAUGUGUCUACUUCUCAAGCCUGUUAUGCUAUUGGAUGCGAGUUGAGUAAUUUUAGAUGUUUACCUGUCUGUCACUCAUGCAUGGUUUCAACCGUUGAAGCUUCUUAUUUACGUAUAUUGCUUGUAAGAUUUCAAAUGAUUGCCAUUUUGUAUACACCUGAUGGCACAUAUUACUCUGACAAUAAUGUUUGUUUUAAUAAAACUGUUAACACACCCGUUUCAUAUUUCUGUUGAAUAUUGUUGGAAUGUGCAUACUCGCAUGUGUAUUUGUGUGUAAUAGAGACCUCGAAAACAUAUCCCCUUGAAAUCCAUAUUUCGGCUAAUUGCCAUGACUUCAUGUACAGUCUAUAAAUCUCUCUCUACAUAUCUGUCAAUAUCAGAGUAUUAGUCUUGAUUUUAAACAUUGGUCAUAAGUACAAAAUAUUAUAAUAGGGAAACAUUAUGUAAUGUGUAAAUAUUUUGUUGUUGAUUUAGUUGUCACAUGUUUGAGAACUGUUUUAGUCUUGGAGCUUUACUGUAAAUAAUUUCAUUUACUUUUCUCACAUGUCAUUCAUUGAUUGUGUUUGUUCACUUUGGAACAAAACUGGUUGGCCAUAAUUAAAAUAACCACAUAUUUUAUUAAUACGAUCAUAAAUGAAACUGAAUGUGAACCACUUGAGAUUUGUUUAUUCGUACAAGUUUUAAUUGUGCAGUGUUGACUCUGUGUCUUUUUAUUUAACGUGUUGUUCUAUGGGGCCUCUCAUCAAUUUGGCAUAAUUUGUUUUGUUGUUUUCAUGUUAAAAAAAUAUACGUAUUGAAAAAAAAUUAUGAAUUGUUUUAAAAACUUUGUUUCUGCCUGAACACAUUUAAAAACAUAGCAUUGUGCAUGCAAAUGAAAAGCUAUGGAUAAUAAAUAGUUCACAUGUCAUGAUCAAUAAAACAAAAACAAAAAUGUU